ACAUAGAAUUUGAAUGGAUGAGAGAAAGAGCGAGCAAACAGCUCCAGAGGGAGUGAUAUUGAUCGAUAGUCAUGGCGUUAAAACUUGGGCCUUGCCACCACCAGUUGAUCUCAAACCCCCACCUUUCAUUCCGUACAAAAACCCCUGCUCUCACCGUCAAGGCUGCUGUUAAGAAAAGCCCUAAACGCCUCAAAUAUUCUUCCCCUUCCUUUACCAAGGAUGUAGAUGAAUUGCUGUACGUUGAGGUUGAUCCCUCCGGAAACGACGCUUGGAAAUUGGAGCCUGUGGUUCAGCUUCUCAAUAAGGGUGCUGUUGGGGUCAUACCCACUGAUACUGUAUAUGCUAUUGUUUGUGAUUUGAAAUGCAACUCCGCUAUUGACCGUCUUCGUAGAAUAAAAAAUAUCCAAGCUUCAAAGCCCCUCAGUACCUUGUGUCGGUCCUUCCAAGACAUUGAUACGUACACAACAGGGUUUCCACGAGGAGGUGGUCAAGGACUGUCAAACAUUUUCCGAGCUGUGAAACAAUGCUUGCCUGGCCCUUACACAUUCAUCCUAACUGCAAGCAAGUCGUUACCAAAAUCAUGUACAAGAUACGGAACUACUACUUCCAAACUCCUGUCUCGGAAAAAUGUAGGUGUUCGAAUCCCCGAUGAUGCUGUAUGUCAAGCAAUCCUAGAGAAGAUGAGCGCCCCUUUGCUCUCUACGAGUGUCAGGUCACCCAAAGAAAAUGAGUGGAUCAUAGACCCAGUUGUGAUAGCUGAUGUUUAUGGACCAGAAGGUCUUGAUUUUGUUGUUGAUGCUGGUGUUAGAAUGGCUGAACCAUCUACUGUGGUUGACAUGACUGCCAGUUAUCCAAGAAUUAUAAGGCAGGGAAAGGGGCCUAAACAGCACUGGAUGGUAGCAGAUGAAGAUCCUGAAGAUGAGACCGAAAUUGCUUAAAUGUGGACCACGUCUUUCUAGAGAUGUAGAACAUAUAUAUGUACUGUGGUAGAUCAAUCAAGGUUUACGUGCAUUUCAUGCAAUAUUUUGUUGGCUCACCCCCAUGAAAGGGUGGUUUAUAGCUUUUAGAUCUGUGGCCAAGAAAGUUAGAUGAUAGUUAUGGCGUUGUAGUGGGGUUCUGGUAUAUUUCUCCCUAAUUUUAUUUGUAUUAUGCAAAUGGUUAAUAUAUCUGGCAUCUUCUCCUUGUAAGCUCAAGUGCUCAAUUGUAUGUUUAACAUAUUAUUCAGUUAUAUAAGAUGAAUGGUUUGAAUGGUA